AUGGAUACAUGGGCCAUGGUGCUGGGUGCUGAGGUCACUGUCCUGUGGGGCCAGGAUGAGGGCCAGCUGUCAGCCAUUGGGGAGCAGGUGUUCGCAGUGGAGAGCAUCCGGAAGAAGCGCGUGCGGAAGGGCAAAGUGGAGUAUCUGGUAAAGUGGAAAGGAUGGCCCCCCAAGUACAGCACAUGGGAACCAGAAGAGCAUAUCCUGGACCCCCGCCUCGUCAUGGCCUACGAGGAAAAGGAGGAGAGAGACCGAGCAUCCGGGUAUAGGAAGAGAGGCCCGAAACCCAAACGGCUUCUGCUGCAGCGGCUGUACAGCAUGGACCUGCGCAGCUCCCACAAGGCCGAGGGCAAGGAGAAGCUCUGCUUCUCCCUGACGUGCCCACUCGGCAGCGGGAGGCCUGAGGGGGUGGUCAAGGCGGGGGCAUCUGAGCUGGUGGACAAGGGCCCCUUGGUCCCCACCCUGCCCUUCCCGCUCUGCAAGCCGCACAAGGCCCACAAGUACCUGCGGCUCUCACGCAAGAAGUUCCCGCCCCGCGGGUCCCACCUGGAGAGUCACAGCCAUCCACGGGAGCUCUCCCUGCAGGAGCCACCGGCCACAGAGGUUCUGCAGGCAGCCGGCGAGUGGGAGUCCACGGAGCAGCCCCCCGAAGAGGAGGCAGACGCAGACUUGGCCAAUGGGCCCCCUCCCUGGAUACCCACGCUCCCCUCAAGUGAGGUGACUGUGACUGACAUCACCGCCAACUCCAUCACCGUCACCUUCCGUGAGGCCCAGGCAGCCGAGGGCUUCUUCCGAGAUCGCAGCGGGAAGCUCUGAGCCUUAGUGGCCUCUGUCCUUAAACUGUUUUGGGGGCUUGGGGUGGGCAACUCCAGAGAUGGGGAUGGGUUGGGGUUCCUAUUCUAUUUAAAAAACUCCGGAGCAGAAGGGGGGAAGACCCCACCACCCUCCUGUCACCCUGCCUUGCUCUGAUCUGCAAGGGACAUUUACAGCCGGCCUUCUGGGCGGGACUGGGAGGCCAGCGCUGCUCUGGUAACCAAGUCGUCUCCUCGAGGAUGGGGAUGCCGGUCUCAAAGCAGCUGAUUCUGGGAGUCCGGGGUGUCCAGAGCUCUGCCUGGAGCAGUGACCCAGGCUGCUCCCCCCGCCACACUUUUUUUUUUUUUUUUUUUUUUUUUUUUUU